UCUUCCACGGAGAUCGAGUGCAAAACCCCAAACUCUGUGGGAUACUUAACAGUGAUAAAAGACGAAGAUAUGAUGUCCGUGACACUAACUGUUUCUGAUAGAUCUCCUCAUAUCCGUUACACAAUGAACUACUCGGGACGGAAGGAGGCAAUAAUCUGGGAUGAUAGCUCCAAGCACCGGAGAACCAUGUCUCUCCCAAAAGACGGGUGCGAAAGAUAUGGAUGGUGUGGUGGAUUCGCGUACUGUGAUACUACAAACUCAGUGUCAGAAUGCAGAUGUUUGGUGGGAUUUGAGCCCAAGGUUGAGAAUGAAUGGGAGAGUGGGAAGAACUCAUCUGGUUGUAUCAGAAAGAAGGCCUUGAGAUGUGGUGAUGAUGGAGAUGGAUUUGUGAAAGUGGGAAGCAUGAAAUUGCCAGACCACUUCGUGUCUCUAAACAACACCAACAUCAGUGGCUGCAGAUCUCAAUGCCAAGCCAACUGUUCCUGUACAGCUUAUGCUUAUUCUGAUUUGCCAGUGGGAAAUGCUACCAUCUCCCGAUGCCUGGUUUGGAUGGGAGAGUUGAUAGAUACUAAUAUGAUAAGCAAUAGAGGGGAGGAUCUCUAUUUGCGCCUUAUGGAUUCAAGUUUAGGUACACCAGGCAGAAAGAGCAAGACAAGGAAGGUGGCAAUUGCAGCAUCUCUUUCUGCAGCACUCUUUUCUUUGGCUUGUAUCUUCGUCUUAUGGAGGUGCGGUAAGGUAUUAAAAGACGAAUUUGUAGAAAGGGAGACCGAUCGAGACCCAGAACUUCCACAGAUCGACUUCGGAAACUUACUCCUUGCCACAAACAAUUUCUCCGAGUCAAAUAAGCUGGGAAAAGGAGGCUUUGGCAUAGUUUACAAGGGCAAACUAUCAGGAGGACAAGAAAUUGCUGUCAAAAGACUUGUCAGAGGAUCUGGGCAAGGUUUGGAGGAGUUCAAAAAUGAGGUCAUCUUGAUCGCCAAGUUACAACACAGGAACUUAGUCAGGCUCCUUGGUUGCUGCAUCCAUGGAGAAGAGAAGCUACUGGUCUACGAGUACAUGCCCAACAAAAGCUUGGAUUUCCUCCUCUUUGAUCCAACCCAGAAAACAAAGCUUGACUGGGGGAUGCGAUUCAACAUAAUCAAGGGGAUUGCUCGAGCGCUUCUCUAUCUUCACCAGGAUUCGAGGCUACGGAUAAUUCACCGGGAUCUUAAAGCCAGCAACGUUCUGCUCGACGAAGAGAUGAACCCCAAGGUGUCUGAUUUCGGCCUGGCAAGGAUUUUUGGCGGCAACCAGGACGAAGGCAACACCGACAGAGUCGUCGGAACGUAUGGCUACAUGUCUCCCGAGUACGCAAUGGAAGGGCUCUUCUCCGUGAAGUCGGAUGUCUACAGCUACGGCGUGCUGCUGUUGGAGAUCGUGAGCGGCUUCCGGAACAGCAGCUUUCCCCUCGCCAUGGACUCCCCUAAUCUCCUGGCUUACGCAUGGCAACUGUGGAACGAAGGCAACGCAGAGGAUUACGUCGACCCAUCGAUUGCCUGCUCAUGCGCUCGGGCGGAGGUGGUGCGAAGCAUCCAUGUCGGCCUGCUGUGCGUGCAAGACAGCCCCAGUGAUCGGCCAGCCAUGUCUUCAGUUGUUUUCAUGCUGGAAAACGAAGAAGCCACAAUCUCUGCUGCACCCAAACAGCCCAUCUUUACAAUUCAAAGAAACCAGAAUCCGCACAGAGGAGGUGAUUCACGGGAUGACAAUAUUGAGAUGUGUUCUUACAACAACGUGACCAUCACGACGGCGGAAGGACGCUAGAGACGGAUCUCAAAUGUGAUCUCGAGAUGUACAUGGCACGACAUGGAACAUCAAGAUUCGACGACAACAUCUGCUACAUGAUUCAAGAUGGCAUCGAUCGUCCAUGGGGGAGAGAGAACAAAGAAUUAGCUGCAGCAACAGAGCUGACAACGUAAGUAGCUUCCAUGGACAUGGCCAAAUGUACGUUGGUGAUCAGACAAUGUUCCUGAUUCAAAC